CCUCGGUGGCGCGUGCCUCCAUCAUCUGUCUCAACUCGCCGCAGCGCAGGUCCUGAUGACGCCCUUUGAGCGUCGACAGGGGCGGUAUAUGAUGCUGCACUUGCUGCCGGGCCAGGCUGAGUGCGGCUGCGUGCCGUGCGUGGUGGGCGGUGGCCGGUGCCGAGGUGGGCGCAUGUUGCUCCUUCGCGCGCGGGGCACGCGCGGACCUGGACGCGCGCGGCGCGGUGCGUGCGUAGCGUGCCAGCCCCGCCGUGUGCGCUGCUGAGGCACGCCUGCUGUUGCCGCCGCCGCUGCCCGCCUCGCGCCUCUGCUCCGCUCUCCAUCGGCCCCAAGCCAGCGUCUGGCCCUGUCGCGUGCGCUGCACAUCCCUCUCACCCUCACCCUCCGCAGCACGCUCCUUGCACUCCACACACACACCCACCCGCGCCUGCGCCGCCGCUCCGCUGCGCCUGCGCUCCUCACCUCACACCGCCGCAGCUCGGCCCGCGCAUGUCGCCCUCGGCCCUGCCGCUGCGCCGCUCGCCCUCGCCGCCCACCCGUCUCGUCGCCGAAGCCGCCGGCGCUCCCUCUCCACCGGCGCUCGACACCGACAGCGUCCUCGCACUCGCGGCGCGCAAGCAGGGCGCGCUGCCCGUGCGCAGCCCGCUGCCCGCCGCAGCUCGCGAUGCCGGGCCAAUAGCUGCCGGUGCGGGCGCAGCGCCGGGCGCGCCAGAUGCAGCGGCAAGUGGCAGCGGCAGCGAGCCAGACAGCUCGCCGCGCUCGCUGCGCAAGCUCGACACGAGCGCAGCGAUGCUCAGCACGGCCGAGCCGCCGCGCUCCUCGCCGAGCCGCUCCAGUGCCGCGGCAGAGUCCGUGGGCGGCAGCAGCAGUGCGGCGCCCGAGGCGUCGUCCAGCCGCAGCGCCACAGCCUCGUCGUCGUCGCCGCUUGUGGUGGAGCGCCGCGCCCUGAGCGCCAUCUCGUCGCCGCUGCCGCUCUCCUCGUCGCCGCUCGCCUCGCCCUCGGCGCGCCCGCCGCCGACGCCGUCGCCCUCGAGUGCCUCGCUGCUGCGCCGCAUCUCGGCCGGCGUGCUCGGCGACGAGAACCGCAGCGGCCUGGGCGCCUACAUCUCCGUCGGCACGCCCUCGCGCUCCGGCUUCUCCACGGGCGGCGGCAGCGGCAGCGGCGGCGGCGUCGGCUCGGCGCUGCUGCAGAUGAGCGCCUCGCUCGGAGCCGCGCAUGUUGCUACUCCCUCUCCACGCAGCGUGCCGCCGCCGCUGCUCGAUGUGCCGCGCUCGUCGAUCCUGAUGAACCCCAUCAAGCGCACGACGGUCGUCGACGCCUGGCGCUGGGACUCGGCCGGGCUUGCCUCGCCGCCGCCGACGCCCGGCUCGCCGGCGCCACUGACGAUCCGGCGCGUGCCGUACGUGGCCUCGGCGCGCGAGCGGCGCGAGGCUGCGCGUGAGCGGGAGCGGGCGCGCGAGGCUGCGCGCGAGAAGGAGCGCGAGAAGAUGCGCGAGAAGGAGAAGGAGGCGGAGAGCAAGGUGUGGGGCAUCCCCAAGAAGGCCUUCUACCUGGGCCUGCCGGACAUCAACUUCAACUCGCAGGCCAGCAUGCUCGCCGGCUGGGGCAACGGCAGCGGCACGACGGACUACCGGCCGAAUCGCCGGCCCAUGAGCGCGCAUGGUGGCGCCGGCGGCCGGGGCACUAGCUUUGGCGACUCGCGCCGCGAGACCUCUCAGCGUGAGAGAGAGCGAGAGCGCGAGCGGCGCGACCGCGAGAAGGAACGAGAGAAGCGCGAGAAGGAGAUCGAGGCUGAUGCAGCGGAAGACGAUCCGAUGGACCCCGAGGAGCUGGCGGCGCUGAAUGCCAUCAUCAACACGCGCCGCAGCGCCGCCAGCGCCAUGGCUCUCGCCAGCGGCCAGGUGCGCUUCGGCGAGCCCUCGACGCCAGCGACGGCCGAGCCGACGCCCUCGGAAGACAUUUCGCGCUCCAGUCUCGGUCUCUCGGCGCGCAGCGUCAGCCACGACUCUGUGCCGACGAUCUCGUCAGUCUCCACAUCGACCGCACUGGAGACGCCGAACAGCGAGCAGCCUCGGCCUGAUCUGCGCCGCCAGAGUGUGUCUAGCAGCGUGCUGCCGCCACCGAGCGCCAGCGGACGCAUUCGCUUUGCGCCUCUGCCGCACACGCCCGUGACGCUCAUCACGCCCGCCAGCGAAGUGGCCGAGGACCAGAUGGAGCUCAUUGAGGACGGCAAAGGGCGGCGCUCUAGCAACGACGUCGACGGCACGGCGCUGCAGGGCAUCAGCGCGGCGCGGCCGCGGGCACCGGACAGUCUGGCGCCCGACAGCGAUGGAGAUAGCGACGACGACGAGGGCUGGUCGCGGCGCUGGAGCAAUCUGGGCGAGAAGAGCAAGUCAUGGCUCGGCCUCGGCAUGCUCUCGACCUCGGAGAAGGAGAAGGAGGAGCGGCGUGGGCGCGGGAGGCGGCCGCGCAGCGUACGCUCCUCGCGGCCCAGCUCGGUCAAGAGCCGCUCCAGCAGCGUGGGCUCUGGUGAUGAGGACGAGCGGCAGCGGCGUCGCGAGCUCAUCCGCGCCAGUCGGCCGGGCGGCACUGGCAUGGUCACGCUGCCCGACGGCACGAAGAUCAAGGCGCGGCGCGUUGGCGAGGGCGGCGGGGCUGAGACGGACUACGACGAGCUCGAGAGUAACGAGUGGGGCUUUGCCGGCCUGGCUCGCGAGGCACGCCGCACAUCGGCAGCAGUCGCGGCCUCCGACGAACCGCCGCUGUCUGCACUCAGCACGGAGGCGCCGCAGAGCGGCCGGCGCGCCGACGACAUCGACGAUGAUCACGCCGACGACGACGACCUGGCGUGGGUCAAGCGGCGGCGGAGCGAACGCGAGCUUUCGGGCCGCCUCACGUCUGUCGCGAGCCGCGCCAGCGCGAGCAGCGGCGCCGAAUCGACGGCAGAUGACGAGCAGAUGGCUGCAUCGAGCGACACUGUCCUGGCUCCGCCGCCAAGCAUCGCUGCGACCGUUGCUGCUGGCUCGACAAUCCGCGAGGCCGGCGCAACAUCCUCAGCGCCAGCGCCGCCGGCGAAGCCUGCUGUGGCUGUGGGCCCGCUGCUCAACGCGCAGCAAGUUGCCGAAAUGCGCCGGCGACACGAGGAGGAGGUCGCGGCGCUUGGCGCCGAGGUGCUUGCAAACAUCGCACGCACCAAGGCGCAAGCAAAGCAGCAAGCCGCUGCCGCAGCAGCAGCCGAGGGCGGCACUGCCGCCGACGACAAGAGCACCGUGGAUUCUGGCGCACACCACGGCAGUGCGCGGCACUCGCGCGUCAGCUCGCACUCCGAUGCUGCAACGGCGGCGCUGCGCAGCGAGGCUCGCCCGGCCACGCCGCCGCGUAAGCCCUCAAUCCGCCUGCCGCUGCGCAAGCCGUCGCUCCCCAUGCCGGUGCGCAAGGGCUUUGGCCACAUGCCGACGUCGCCGCAGACACCCAAGCUCGACCUCUCCUCGCGCCUGGAAGAGCAGGUCGAGCCGACGGAGACCACCGUGGAUGGCGUCAGACCGACGUCGUCCAUGCACACCGACCUCGUCAUGUCGGCCAGCCCGAUUGGCUCGCCCACAAGCGUCAUCAUCAAGACGCCGCAGCAGGCGCUACCUGCCUCCUCGCCCGACCAGUCAACGAUUGACCUGUCGCCUUCGCGCUCCUCCAUCUCGCUGCCGAGCGUGCGCGGCUCAACCUUCACGAGCCCCUCGCGCACGCGCCUGACGUCGCGCAGCCCGUCGAACAGCCGCGUGCCCAUCGACUCGUCGGUCAGCGUGCCGAUGCCGUCGCAGACACUGCCGCGGCGGCCCGACGCGCGCGGCUAUGCCGUGGUGCCGCUGCCGGGCAACCAGCUUGGCACGCGGCCCGCGCGGCCGCACGAAGGCCGCGUCUGGCUCGUCGACGAUGACGAUGACGACUUCGACACCGAGGAAGAGGGCAGCGGCCCGCGUACCAUUGCCGUCGGCGACGCCUCGAGCGACGAGGACGACGAGGACAUGGGCCCGGAAGAGCUGGCCGAGGAGGAGCGCCGCACGGCCAUGCAGAAGAAGCGCGCCACGACGAAGGCGGCCGGCCAGGAGGUCAUGUCCAAGGCCAAGGCCGGCCCCAACGGCAACGCCAUCUCGGCGCCUGCGGCGUUAAGCGGCCGCGCUGGCACGCGGGGCACGCUGCGCUCGGCCCAGUCGUCGGCGGCCGUGCCGCGGCGCGAUGUCGGUGGCAGCAUGGGCGCGGCAGGCGGCGGCAAGACGAAGCAGACGCUGCGUGUCGCCUCGUCGCUCUCUGCCAUCCGGCGCGUCAGCGGCGAGAGUGCGGUGUCGGUGGAGAUCGACGAGGCCGACGUCUCGGACGACGCCGAGCUCUGGCCGCCGUCGGUGCAGCACUCGCUCGGCGCGCGUCGCCCCUCGCAGCAGCUGCGCGAGGAAGGCGCCAUCCGCGCUCGCAUCGCACGCGAGAAGCGCCGCCGCGCCGAACGCCGCGUCGAGGAGGAGCGCCGCCGCAAGCGCGCCGAGGACGAGACGGAUCCCGACUGGGGCUGGGUGAACAGGACCGGCGGCGGGCCCAUCGGCUUCGGCGCCUCCUCGACGAGCGUCAACCGGCGCAAGUGAUGCGACGCCGCCUCCACAAGCUCUCUGCGGAAGGACCGGCCGCUCUCACGGCCGACUGCCGCAUUCCCUCCUCCACCCUUCUCAUCGACCAUUCCCCCACCACUUCUCUAUUUCAUACCCACCAUCCCUGCGGCUGUCAUCCGGCGGCCGCGGCUGUAUAUAUCGCCCCGUCACGUUUUGCGCACUCUGCCCUUCCGUCAAUGUCCACUCAUGUGUCACCGUC